UGAGUUUCAAACGCCGCCGCUGCAUUACACAGAGAGAGAGAGAGUCAAGUUGCAGCCGGAGGGAAGUAAGAACAAAAGCGAAGGGUAAAAAGGGAAAUAGUGAAAAAAAAAUGACUGCAGCGGCGGAUUUACAGUUACCUCCUGGAUUCCGAUUCCAUCCGACGGACGAAGAGCUCGUCAUGCACUAUCUCUGCCGUAAAUGCGCGUCGCAGACGAUCGCUGUCCCGAUCAUCGCCGAGAUCGAUCUCUACAAAUUCGAUCCUUGGGACCUCCCUGGUUUAGCUUUGUACGGGGAGAAGGAGUGGUAUUUUUUCUCGCCGAGGGACAGGAAGUACCCCAACGGUUCGCGGCCGAACCGGGCGGCUGGGACCGGUUAUUGGAAGGCCACCGGGGCUGAUAAACCGAUCGGUUCUCCUAAACCGAUGGGGAUCAAGAAAGCUUUGGUGUUUUACGCCGGCAAGGCCCCUAAGGGAGAGAAAACCAAUUGGAUCAUGCAUGAAUACCGGCUCGCCGACGUUGACCGGUCUGCUCGCAAGAAAAAUAAUAGCCUAAGGCUGGACGAUUGGGUGCUUUGCCGCAUAUAUAACAAGAAAGGGACUAUCGAGAAGCGGCCACCGCGGAUGUACGGCGUCGUCGGAGAUUUCCCGGCGAUGAUCGAUGCGGUGGAGGAGAAGCCGGUGCUGAAGGCAACGGCGGGGGGGGGGCCGUACAGUAUGCCACCGCCGCAGAAGAUGGCGAACGAUUUCGUGUACUUCGACACGUCGGAUUCGGUGCCAAAGCUGAACACGGAAUCGAGCUGCUCGGAGCACGUGGUGUCGCCGGAGUUCACAAGCGAGGUUCAGAGCGAGCCUAAGUGGAUGGAGUGGACGGUGAAAAGCAACAAUGGCGGAAACGAUAACAAAGCCCUCGAUUUUGGGUACAAUUACAUAGAUGCCACGGUGGAGAACGCGUUCGGAGGGGGUAACCAGAUGUGGCCGCUGCAGGACAUGUUCACGUACAUGCCGAAACAGUUUUAGGGUGCGGACGGUCGCACGGUAACACGAGACCGAUGAAAUGCGUCGGUCAAUGAGUGUACCGAUUCGGCGAUUGCCGUAGAUUUGGAAGAUAAUUUUUAUGUCUUUAUUUCUUUUUUUUUGGACCGUCCGAUCUUGCGUUAGGGGCCUGAUCUGACGGUGUACGGUUGUUUUGGGGGCGUCCGUCGUUUCAAUGUGUUGUGUAGUAGGGUACGGGAAUAUUCUCAGCUCGUCUUUGCUGUCAUCAUUCGUCAUGUGUAUUCAGAUUUUUGGUUCAAGAUUAAGAAUCUCAUUACAUAUUUAUAGGAUAUGAUAUGAUUCAUGAA